UGCCACUUGCCGCAUGUUACCCACAGUGCUCACCUGCCUUUCACUCCUACCAAGACGAUCGGUGAUGAGCAGAUUGCACUGUUACACCUCAUAGACGUAUCGCGACUCCAUGCUUACUCUACUUCCGACUACUCUCCGUCUUCUUGUCGGGUUUUUGUUGUGGCCAAAUGACCUCCAGCACCCUCUGAAGCAGGGCUCGCCUCAAUUGUCAUUCCAGCUGCGGCAUCAGCACGCAGUAACGAACUCCUCGCGAGUGAUAUUUAGCGACGUGCGCGACUCCGAUCUCGUUGCGCACUCCUUGGUGUCAGCAGACCCGUAUGUUUACACGCUACGUGCCUCUCGCUUAACUACCCACAAACCCUCAUCAUUGCCUGCGUUUCACGACGCCCGUCUACGCUCUAUACGCCACGCGCAGAGCGACGCGGCAUUAUGGGAGGGAAUGGAAGUAACUGGCCCUAACGUAACAGAUCGGGAGACCCUACUCGCGCUAGCGAAGAUGACCAACAAUGCUUAUCUGGCUGGUCGUGAUUCCGGUUGGUACGACGUCGCUGAGUUCAAUACUUCCAUCCCAGUUGGUUGGGAACCUUCCGCUGACGGCCUUCGCGGCCACAUCUUCGUUUCCACAGACAAUACAACUGUCGUUAUCUCAAUCAAGGGUACUUCUGCUGGUUGGAUCACUGGUGGUGGGGGUCCAACAGUACGGAAGGACAAAUUAAAUGAUAAUUUAAUGUUCUCGUGUUGUUGUGCACGCGUGGGGCCGACGUGGAGUACAGUCUGCGGUUGCUACAAGGGAACUGGUAAAUGUAGCAACGCAUGCGUAGAAGCGUCGCUGCUAGACGAGGAUUUAUUCUACUCGAUUGGACUGAACUUGUACAAUAACAUUACUUACAUAUAUCCGCACGCUAAUAUCUGGGUAACUGGUCAUUCCUUGGGAGGCUCCGUCUCGUCAUUAAUAGGCGCGACAUUCGGUGCACCUGUCGUAGCGUUUGAAGCUCCCGCUGAGAAGCUCGCAGCGACGCGAUUGCACCUUCCAUCUCCUCCUUCUACCCACCACAUCACCCAUGUCAUACACACAGCCGAUCCAAUCGCCAUGGGAACGUGUAACGGAGUUACAUCCAGCUGUGCGUUGGCUGGUUAUGCAAUGGAGACUCGGUGUCAUUUGGGCCAAGUGGUACUCUACGAUGUUGUGUCUAAACUUGGAUGGUCCGUAGAUGUCAGGACACAUUCCAUCGUCAAUGUUAUCGAGCGCUUGCUGGCUCAAGAAUUUGAGUGGGACGAUGAACCUUUGAAAGGUGACGACGGCGCUGGAGGCGACGUCGAGGAAGGAGGAUUGCUACACAAGCUAAGGUGGGGUUGGUGGGGUGGAAAGGGAGAUAACCACGACAAGGACAAAGACAAGGUGGUCAGACGACCGGUGCCACAAGCCAAACCUGAAGUGGAUUGCGUUGAUUGCUUUCACUGGGAGUACGGCGAGUGGGACUAGAGUAAAAGAGCAUGACAGACGAAUGUUCAGCAUUGUCCGUCUACGUUGGUACAUCUACGAUGACUCUCGUGGCCCACAUCUCAAUGUUCAUGACCAGAGAGGCUGAUCGUACAGGACUAGUGCCAUUAGGACCUCAGCUCUCUUACCAUUUGCGACAGUUGCGCCCAACUAAUUCACAUUU